CUGAGGCAGUACAUGGAGAGUAGUUUCCCAAAUGCAAUAUUUGUAAUUGGUAGGAUAACAGUCGUGGAAACAGGAAGGGACGCCAAUUGGUCAAGAUACUUGUGACGUCACAGGAAGGAGCUUCAUUAGUCACACACAACAUAGUAACCACAGCCUUUUGUUUAGCAUGUGAUGGAAUAUAAAGGGUGGGCGUUGUUCAGGGAAUCUAGACAACGUUUGUGUACUAGUGGAUAUUGUGGUGUCUAUGAGUUGCAAGGCGAGACUGGACUUAGGCAUGACUUCCCCCCACCCCCCCUUUGUGGAAAUUUGCAUGGGUGUUUCUGCACAGCUUUUGAGUGUUAUCAGCUAAUUGUUGGAUGUGUCAUUUCUGAUGACCUCAAGACUUAAUCAUGGCGGUCACAAGUUUAUUCAGCGUGGCUACAGGCCAGCAGCAAGCUCCAGAGACUUGGCAGUGGUGUUACAUGUACCAGCACAUUGUACCCUUUACUUGUAUUUAACUACAGCAUAUUUACAUGUACAUGUACACAGUUGUGCACAUAGAGUGACUCCAGUGGAAGCCUAUUUGUAGCAUUAAUCCGGCUCGUCAUUGAGUUGUGAGCCAGUGCAUUGUAACUUGCUGGUGUGUUGAUAAUACAGUCAAGGCCUCUUGGCCAUUCAGAGUGGGGUGGCCGGGUUAGCUCACUCAGUAUUCGCUGUGCUCAGCUUGGGUCGUGGUGCAGUGGAUAAUACUCCACAAUAUCCAGGCAGGUAUCCCACCAGCUAAGGCAAAUCAGUCGUGCAGAACAGUCUUGUUGUGCUGUUUGGAAGAACAAACACCAUUCAGUUUUCCCACGAUUUCGGGCAUUGCCUGCGUACAUGUAAAACGGUUGGCUUCCUACUACAAACCUAAGUGUACCUCCUGUUUUCCAGCAAUUCAUGUGGUUUGUGUCAACAAGCCAUGUAUUUGUCAGACAAAUAGCUUCCGAUGCUCACUUGGAAAACUUGGAAUUCUCCCUCUUGAGAAACAACAGCCAGCUCGGCAGGAUCUACUGGCGAAUCAACAGCCAUAUCAGCAGGGAGAGAGGGACAUUCAGAAUAUUAUGCACCUUUUAAUAAUGGUGCAGUUGUGAAACUUGUGACAGUCAUGUACAUUCAGGGGACCAGGCAAUCCGUGACCAUGGGAGAAGUUGAGGAGCCAAUGCAGGACGAUUACGAGUACAUGAAGUUUGUGGGUGUACCAGUAGGAGAGAGCUUGGAGGAGAACAAAAAGGAGAAGGCUGGUUUUGAGGAUGAACCUGAUUAUGUUCCUAUGAAUGGUGCAGUUGACGGGCAUGUGCUGGCCAGAGCAUUGUACGACAACGCUGCCGAGGCUCCUGACGAGCUCUCCUUCCGCAAAGGUGACAUUGUAACCGUGCUGGAGCAGAACACCAGCGGACUGGAAGGAUGGUGGCUGUGCUGUCUGAACGGUCGGCAAGGCAUCGCCCCUGGCAACCGGCUGAAAAUACUGGCAGGGAUGUACGAGAGCCCUCACAGUCCUCCCCCGUCGCAGACAGCCCAAAAGAUAAAGACCCCAAUGCGAGUUGGCCAGUCCUACAUCUACGAUAGUCCCGGUGGCUUUCGGGCUCCAGGAGUCAGUCGACAGGAUGACUAUGAUGUCCCUCCAAUCAGAGGCAAGGGUUACAAUACCCAAAACCUUGGGUACCAGACGGUGCCGGGGGCCAGCCGCAAUGCCACCACCCACCAGACCUCGGUCCAGGAAACAUAUGAUGUGCCACCGAAUCUCCAAAGCAGCAAGUCGCCGUCGCCGUCUGAGAUGUCGGACGCUGCUUCUGCCCUGCUGCAGAAAAAGUCUGUCAACGAGUUGUAUGAUUUGCCAAAGAUGCAGGAGCAGACACAACAGGAGGUCUAUGACACACUGCCUGCCUCCAAGGAUCCCAAGUUACCAAUGGAGAUUUAUGACUCACCCCCAGUGAAGGGCAAAAUUGUGGACAGUCCACCCAAAUCACCAGUGGAGGUGUACGAUGUGCCAAGCUCUCUACAGGCAGGGCAGAGUGGUGGUGCUGUCAAGCUACCUGCAUCACCAGAGAGAUCAAUCUCUUCUAAUGGUCACCCAGCCCAGAAUUCAAACUCUCUUGAGUUAUAUGACACCCUCCCUGGGCAAAAGUAUCCAGCGGAUGUGUACGAUGUACCACCAGCUCAUGAAGUGUCCGCAAAGAGACCAUCAAUUCAGAUUGAAGCUAAGGAACUCUACGAUAGUCCAUCCAGUGCACCCUCUCAGGGACUGUAUGACAGUCCUCCCAAGACCAAAAUCAGCGUUCAGCACAGUGCUGACCAUUUGUAUGAUAUACCACCACAAGUCACUAGGGAUCAGCCCCUCUCGGGAAGGGCAAGCCCAGUGCAUCGUGGAUCUUUGGAUAACAUCAACGGUAAGAUGAGUUUGCUGUCCAUGACUCGCCUCACCCGAUCAGCUGAGAAUCUAGAUGAGAUGUCGGGAGGGUGGAACAGUGAACUGGACAUAACAUCUGCCAUGGAGUUGCUCAGUGAGAAGCAACAAGUCCUUGAGACCGCUGUAGCAUACCUCAUGAGCUACGUCAGCAGCACGUGGCGGCAUCAGUCGAAUCUGGAGCCACGGAUCCAUGAGAUUAAGUCAGCCUGUAAGCAGCUGAACGUUGCCCUGGAAGAAUUCCUGGAAUUUGCUGAUCGGUGCGUAGCAGGCGCUGCCAGGCACAGUGAAGAACUCUGGCCGGGCAAGCUGUCUAAAUCCGCGCAGACCAUGCGAGAGUCUCAUGCGUCCAUGGUGAAAUCGCACGCCGCCCUGGACGAAAUGAACUGGCAGGUGUCCAAGUUGGUCUACAAGCCCGGCUCCAGUGCUGCCAAUGACCUUGAUCAGAUUGCCCUGUCAGCCAGGAGUGUGUCUGAUGACAUGAAACGCUUUGUAUCUCUUGUCCAGGAAAAUGCCACCACUCUCUUCCGCCCAUCCUUGAGUCGGAACCUGAGCAAUCCUCAGGACCGUCCCUUGCCGAUCCCUCCAGCCAUGUCUUCCUCCAGCGGGAACAGGUUAUCCCCAGACAAGGAGAGCCCUGCCAAAGGUGCCAUCCAGUCCAGACCAUUACCCCAGGUGCCUCCCGGUGGUGCACCUGCCUCGGCCCAACCUGAUGAUCCAAACCUUCCUCCAAAUAAGGAAGCCAUUGCUGAUUAUGGCUACCUCACUAAAAAGGAUCCACUCAUUGACAAACAGAUCAUUGUCACUGACCCGGGUGCUAAGCAACCCUCGGUUCUCCAGCCUAACGACAAACAGAUUCUUGCAUUUUACGUUAAUGACGUGGAAUCGCUAGUCAACACCAUGACCAGCGCCAUCGAUCUCUUCUUCACCUGCAUUGAAGCCAACCAGCCCCCCAAGGUCUUCGUGGCGCACAGCAAACACAUCAUCCUGAUUGGCCACAAAUUGGUCUUCAUCGGUGACACGCUGCACCACAACUUACAGCACCCGGAGGUGCGUACGCGCAUCAUACGCUGCAGCGAUGCCCUGUGCGAAUGCCUGAACAGUGCUGUCAACACCACUAAGACAGCGGCUCUCCAGUACCCUGCUGUUGGACCAUUACAGGAAAUGGUCGACAGGAUCACAGAUGCAGCUAACUCCACACAAGACUUGAAAGCAGCCAUCUUACAAUGUGCCGCUUUGUAAUAUAGAGCAGUAAAUGUUUAAUGUGAUUGUAAGGCUCUGCACGGACAUUCAAUUCCAGUGUAGUUGUGAUGUACAAAAGAGAAAGAGAAUUAAUAACCCUUGACGUGGAUCACUUUUAUGAUUAUAAAAAUAAAUUUUAUUCCAUUGUUUCUCUCUUACUGAAUAGACAUUUUGUUUUUUAAAUAUUGUAUUUGUACAUGUACAAGAAAUACUUCGGAUGAAUUUUGUACAGAAGAAAGUCACUGUUCAAUCAUUGUUGUAAUGUGUACACAAGGUGACACCUAAGGGAAUCACAGAUUGUGAAAUUUAACAUUCUCUCGCUCUCCAGCACUGAUCACAAAACAAUUGUUUGAUUUUAUUGUUGAAAACUUACUUGUUGGAGGGUCACAUGAACAAACAGAAUAUCUGUGUUACAAAACAUCAUAGAGUCAGUCUAAAAGAGUCAAGAUUAAUAACUUAAAUUGGAUGCAUUGUAGUGUAAAUUUAAGGAUGCAAAUUUGUAAUAUCCAACCACAAAUAUGUCACCUUCCCAACAUGUACAUGUACAGCAGUACGGCGGCUUGCACUUUGGUGAUAAAGUUAUAUUCCCAUAUUGCUCACUGCUUAGAGGAUUUGAUCACAGGGUUUUCCAAACAUCCUUUUCAAGUAUCAGUUAAGUUCCAUUCACAUUACAGUUGUUUGAAAAGUUGUGAGAAAGGAAUUUUUCAAGUUGUGUAAUUAUGUACAUGUAAUUAUUUACUUUAUUAAAUGUAAAAUAGUUUUUUAAUUUGCAAUAAUCAGUCACUUCAGAUUACUUUUGGUUCGGUGGUUUGGUAUAUUUGUCAAUUUUAUAGAGAAAAGAUUGGUUUAUUUUCAGUUCUUUCUCAUUCGUAUUGAAAUGGUGUCACUGUAAAUCUACAUGUAGCUUGUCAGGGAAAUGGAGAAGGAAAUGAAAUGGAUCUGUAAUUUUAACAGAGGGAAAACAAUUCUAGAGUAGUAUUGUUUACCAGCUAGCUUGGUUUCCUUCAGUGAGUUGAACAUUGCAUAAGGACUUGCACAGAGCUAGUUUGUGAGGGUACCAGACCCAGAUAAGGACAGUAAUGUAGAGGUUGUGCAUAGCAGCCAUUUUUCUGGUCAGUGCUUUUGUUCCACAGGGAUAUUCAUGAGUAUACCUGUUGUACAAUCCCUCGGCGACAAAAGCAGUUACCGGAAAGAUGGCGGCCAUGCAGAACCUCUAUUGUGGGUGUGCACUUGGUGUCUGCAUCUGUAUACACUGCAUUCUUAUACUCGUAUUGGACUUAAACAGCAAGACAAAAGUAAACUCUUCCAGGGCUUCCAAACACUGUUUACAUUUGUGUUGCAUGUUCUUCUAUUCCACGUCAUCUGGGGCAAGAAACUUGAGUUGAUUUGAUUUGUCUCGUUCUUGCCAGUGAGUCAUAUUUGAGUCACGUAUUGCUGAGAAUCAGUCAAUGUAGCAGGUUCCUUCAACUUAUCUUGCAUUUUUUCUUUCCCUAAUACUACAUGCAACUCGGCAUGAAGGUUCAUUCAUAUUCUAGGGAAGGUCUGCUUCUUUUCCAAACUCAAUCAACUGGAUCGUCAUGUUGAAAACAUUGGCAGCUGUGAAAAAAGUUGGCUUACAUAUCCGCACAUGAAGUGUACUCAGUAUUUUCACAGUAAUGAUGAGAAUCCCACUGUGCCGACAAUGCAAAAGAUCGGUGUGAAAGUGUGUUUUCAUUUCUCAUGACCAGGAAAGUUAGUUUGGAUUAGUGACUUCAGUUUACAGUCCUUUUUGGCUUAGCGUCUGGCUGUGUUCGAUUAAACUCCUAUUAGUUAACACAAGCACCUGCCUGAGCAUGAGUACUCACCUGAGCAUCCACACAUGAAUGACAAGUGUACGACUCAUGGCUAAGCAAGAGCUUACUCUCAACAUACCAGGAAUAAUACUCCUCCAUCUUUUGGUUAUUUCAAGAUGGCAGAAAGGUCAGUGUUAAUUAUUCACGGGACAUGAUCAAUGCACGUGUCACAUUUUCUUGCAUUUCUGAGUAUUGAUAGCAAUACACAAAUGCAUGUAUGCAGCAGAAGAAACUUGGACAGAAAAAUGUAGAGCACAGAUACGACAAGAAAUGGCGUGGGAAAGUUGUGUAGAUGAUUGUGCAGUUCUUUCUGCUUUGUGUCAUCAAAACGGGGAUCAGUAAAUGUAGAAUAACGAAUGGAAAAUUUCUUAAUCUGAAAUCAUUCCUUGGUGUUCAAACGUAUAUUUUGUGUGGUGUCUAAUACACUUCCUGUUCAAAGUUUGCCUCAUUUUUUUUUUCUUCAGUUUUGGUUUUUCAUUUCCUCCACGGAAUAUGCCAAGUGUAUGGAAAUAGUGCAGAGAGAAGUAAACAUUUGCAAUUAUGACAAUGCAGGGUGGGUGUUAAAAAUAAAGGUAGACAUGGCGGUGUCCUUCACAGAAGCCGGAAGUGAGGCUUGUUCAUUAGAUGUUGAGGUUAGGUUAAGUGUCGGAUACUCUAAGUUUGGGGAACAUUCAACGACUGGAACAGCCUCUCAUUAGCAUGAGUCACAAAUCUUGUGUCACAUUUUAUGAUCCUCCCGUUUAUAAUAACUUAACCAUGCAAAGAAAAAAGUUUCUUGAAUGUUUAUCUGUACAAGCAAAAAACAUGAAAUUGGACAAAUUAAAUUCAACACCGGGUACUACUUACAUGUAUUUUACAUAAAAUGUAUUUAAAAAUAUUGUGAAAUAAUUGGUUGUGAUGUGACUUUUUACAAAUUUGACAUGUACAGAAAAUCAGAUUUUGAAGGUGGGUCAUUGUAUUUGGUAAUUUUAUUUGUGAUACAAUUGGUUAAAACCAAAAGAUACAAUUGGCUAAGUUCAGCGGAGCCUCCCAUUGAAGUAAUGCGAUCACAGACUCUGUUGUUAUUUUACUCAUUAUCGGUUCCCUUCACUUUAUUUCAGUUUCCAUCUUUACAAUUAUAAGUUGCACACCACUAUUUAUUUUGUACAGAAUUAACACUGAAGUAUACAGAUUGUGUCAGUUCCAAUAAAGAAACCAAGUAAAAUGGAA